AUGUCGCCAUUCCAGUACGGCAUCGACUUUGGUGCUAUCGGCGGUUUACAAGCCAUGCGCGGCUUUCUCGAAGUCUUUGGCCAUCCUGAUCCCAUGACGCCUAUAGGUUACAAUAUCUCCCCCGAGCGUCAGCAACUCAUCUCGUCUUUGAUGACACUGGGGGCUUUUAUCAGCUCAAUGUUCGCCGGUGUCUUCGCGAAGAAGCUGGGGAGGCGCCAAUGUCUCUGGAUGGCCAGUGCGCUUUGCUGCGUUGCGAACAUUGUCAUGAUGACUACGACCAACAUUGCGGGAUUGUAUUCUGGACGACUCUUAAUUGGGAUUGCAAAUGGGUGGUAUAUGACCUUUUCGCAGCUUUACAUCCAGGAAUCAGCACCGGCUCGAUACCGCGGUCUCAUGAUAUCCGUUUUCCAGAUCUGGACUUCAGUCGGUACGCUCAUUGGCACGGUAAUCGACAACGCAACACACGACAUGAAUGGUCGGAACUCGUAUAUCAUCCCACUUGGCAUGAUCUUCAUCGUCCCGGUUCUCAUGUCGAUUGGCCUGUUCUUCAUUCCUGAAUCGCCACGUUGGCUUAUUCUAGUCGAAAAGCCAGCGCAAGCCGAGAAGGCGCUCCUGUGGAUGCGUCCGCACCCCGAAAGCGUGCCCGGCGAAGUAGCAGAGAUCCAAGCAGCCAUCGAUGCGGAGAAGGCUGUGAAGUCGAGCGCGAACUUCCUGGACAUUUGGAAAGAUCCUGUUGAUCGUAGGCGCACGCUGCUGGCUAUCGCUGCGGUAUCGACUCAGGCUGCGUCGGGUGCCAUGUUUGUGAUUGCAUACGGAACGUACUUCUUCCAGAUGGCGAAUGUCGGUAGCCCCUUCAUGAACUCCUGCAUCUUGACCGCCGUCGGUGUCGUCGUAGUCAUGAUCAACAGCAGUGUCAUCUCGAAGAUCGGUCGCCGCCGCGUUUUCCUCAUGACUGGUCUUUCUAUCUGUGGUGUCACGCAACUUAUCAUCGCGGCUGUCUAUCACGUCAACCCUGGCACGACUAGCACUGGAAAGGCUAUUGUCGGUCUCUCGGUCAUUUACAUCGUCGGUUACAACGGUAUGAUCGCUGCUUACGCCUGGCUUUCUGGUGGAGAAAUCCCAUCGCAGCGCCUGCGUUCAUACACGUUUGGUAUUGCAUCGGCAGUCGCUUUCGCAGGUGCUUGGCUCACUACCUUCACUGCACCAUACUUCAUCAACCCUGACUCUCUCAACUGGGGCCCUGAAUAUGGUAAGAUAUCCACACCCAUCGCUCUCUACCCCAACAGCAUACUAACGCCAUAUGUAGGCUGGAUCUGGGGACCAUCUUGCUUCAUCACAGCAGCAUGGGUGUACUUCUACCUGCCCGAGAUCAAGAACCGCACUCUCGAAGAGAUUGACGAAAUGUUUGAAGCUAGGCUUCCGGCGCGCAAGUUCAGAAAGUACGUCUGUACUGGCCGUGUUGCGGCUGGUGUUGACGACAAGAUCGAAAGGCGCGAUAGCGACAAGGAUGAAGUUGUGCAUCACGAGGUUGUCGGUACCGAGAAGAGUGGCUGA